AUGCAGGUUGAAAAUAGUUUAGAAAGGGACCUUCCCGACUGGUCGAAAGUGCUCUUUCCAGACUAUUUUGAACUAGUAGGAAGAGACAGGAACAAGUGGUCACAGGGGUUGCCUGGGCCCCCUAGAGGCAUGGACCCCAUCGCAUUUGCAACCUCUGUAACCCCAGUAGUUACUCCACUGCACAAAAAACAUGGAGGCAACCGAGAAUGCUUAAAAAAUCUUCAAGAACUGAAAAAGAGAAUAUGUGUCAUUAACGUUCAGCUUUUCAAAACAUUUCAAAAGCCUGUAGAAGAAGAAUCUUCUGUCCCGACAGGUGAUCCUCAGGAAAUAACAGAAGAAAUUAUCAACACUUUGGAAAACAUAGUUAGAGAGCUGGAGAAAAGCCCACUAACUUCUCCAGCAUGCAUGGAUUUAUGCCGCAUGGAACAGAAACUGAAAAGUGACAAAUUAGAAGGGAAACCCAAACGAGAGAAAAUGAUUGCUCUAUUAAUGACGCAGAGGAAUCAUGCCAAGGGAGAAUUUUGGAAAGCCUUCCAGGAUAUGGAAUACGACUCCUUGGCAAAAUUACUUAAGAAAGGGUGGCAGACAUUUGAAGUAAAUGCCUUUUUGGAACAUGUAGUAAACAAUAUUACAGAAGAAGACUGGCCUCGAUUUCUGAGUGAAUUAGGAAUCAAAGAUUCAGAGAGAGAAUGCGAAGAAGAAACAACUGGGUCCGAGGCAAAAGUAAAAAUAUUGGAGAAGUGGAUAGAUAAAACUAGUAUUGACCAUGUCAGAGCCAAGCUCCGAGAAGCCUGGGAUAAACUGGGAUACCACCAAGAGGGUGUUAUGUCCAAUGCCCAUCGCCAUACAGCAUUCUUCUGAAAGAAGAGGAAGAACAAGUGUACCAAUCUUCUUAUGGCUACUUCCAGCAGGAUAAUGCACAUUGUCACAAAGCUCACAUCAUACAGACUGGUUUCUUGAACAUGACAAUCUACUCCAGUGGCAUCCACAGUCCCCAUACAUCAAUCCAAUAAAGCACCUUCAGGAUGUGGUGAAAUGGGAGAUUUGCCUCAUGGAUGUGCAACUGCGUGAUGCCAUCAUGUCCAUAUGGACCAAAACCUCUGAGGAAUGUUUCCAGCUCCUUGCCAUAAAGCAUGAAGGCAGUUCUGAAGGAAAAAGGUGGUCCAACCUGUUUCUAGCAAGGUGUACCUAAUAAACCGUCCAGUGAGUGUAGUUGCGUGAAUGAGCAGGCAGCUGUAAAGACAUUGUGUAUUUUGACAUUACUAUUUCUGUUGUGAAUCUAAAGGGAAUAGA